AUGUAUGUGAAAUGGUUUAAUACAGUAAUGUUUUACUAUGUGAUUUUAGUGUAUUUAGUGAAUGUCACUUUUUGUCAUUUUCAAAUUUCCUGCCGUUCCGUCCCCCAUAUGUCCCGACGCUCACAGGGGACGGAACCCAGAUGACAGAUGCCGGCAUCCGCUGGAGGACAUUACAGGGGACACUGCAGGAGGGACAUCGCGGGAGCGCAGGACAAGGUACGUGCAGAAGGGAUCCCGAAGCAAUGCUGCAGGGUAUUCCCGAGUGUAGAUCGGGGUUACUACUUGUGGUGCUGAAACCUUACCCCGAGCUACACUCGGGAAUACCUCCGGGGGGUUAAUGA